AUGUCUCGUCCUCAGGUCAGCAUCGACCGUCUCACACCCCGCCGUGCGACGGUCGAGCCACGCGAAACAAUGAACUGCAAAUCCUGUCGCAAGCGCAAGAUCAAAUGCAAUCGCUUGCGACCGAGCUGCGAGGCAUGUAAGGUCUUCCAGUGCCCUUGUGUAUAUGAUGCCGUUCCCAAGAAGCGGGGACCAAAGACCGAUGUAUUAGAAGCGCUUUUGAAACGAGUUGAUGGCCUCGAAAAAAGACUGCACGAUGAAAAGAAUCCUUUGUCGCCUACUUCCCCCGAUACUCCCGACGAACCUCCGACCUUCCCCACUCGUCGCAAUACCAUUGAUACAUCUUUCAAUUAUUCGGACUCGCGAUCGCAGCAGAAUCACUUGUCGCAGGUGGAUCCUUUUCCCAGGCCGAUUGCUCAUUCCUCCGCAAAUGUUCAGCCAUCGCCAACACAUAAUGGCGUUCUGUCGGAUGCGCUCCUGGACCUAUAUUUUGUGCGACUGCAUGGGAAGCCGUUUUACAUUUUGGAUGAGGCGACAACGCGACAGCGUCAUCAAUCAAAUCAAUUACCUACAUUUCUGGCCAUGGCUAUUUCGGCAAUAGCGUCGAGAUACACCACUUCACUAGGCCAAGUGGAGCAGUCGCUGCGCACAGGACUUGACACAGCAUUACAGGCUAGGCGCAUGAUUGAUGUCGAUAACCCCACGGUAGAAGGGUUGCAGACGCUACUGUUACUUUCGCAGGCUUUCUACGGUUAUGGCCUUGGAAAGAAAGCCUACAUGACUUUCUCAAAUUGCGUUGCAAUGAUUGUCGCGCUAGAUUUGUAUCGCGAAGCUCCCUCUAAGAUGAACGUUGCACCUGCUGAGCGCGAAAUGAGGCGCCGGCUGUUCUGGUCCGUCUAUUUGAUGGAUCGAUUCAUCAACUGCGGAUCUCGGCGCCCAUGUCUCAUCUCCGACCACUCGGUUGUCCUGCGUCUGCCGUCAUGGUCACCCCACGCAGCAGGUCUGAACAUGGAAGGGGAGCUCUUUCAUGUUGGACCGAACAUUCAAUACUCAGCAGACUCCCGUCGCAAGUCACCGAGCGCUGCCUCCUUGCUGAUCGAUAUAACGCGCAUUCUUGGGGUGACCAACAAGUAUCUCGCCGCUGGCGGAGUCAAGGGCGAUUCUCAUUUCCCAUGGCACGCUCUUUCUAAUCUUUCCAAAAUCAGACAAGAAUUGGAUAUCUGGGCAGCUGGUACGCAGGACGUCUUCGCAUCAAUUGACGCAUUGUUCGGCCACCCCGAGAGCACAACUCUUCUGCUGAGCAAAUUGAUCUACCAUCUUGUGCAUUGUUUGAUAUAUCGCCCAUUCCUGCCAAUUGAUUUGGUAGAGUUGCGAGGCACAGGCCAGCAUCAGUCCUGGCAAAUCGAGGCUACUAAUCUGUGCUUCUCACACUCCAAUGCCAUUGCCGAGCUAGUUGAACUGGGUCGCAACUCUCCGCUGGUUGAGUGGCCUGCCUUUGUCGGUUACUGUGUGUGCACCGCCGGCACGGUUCAUGUUCACGGUGUGCAUUACAAGGGCCGUGAGGGUGAAGUCUUUUCCUCCAGCGCAGAAUUUUUGACUCGCGAGAUGCACCAACUUGCAUGGUUGAGAGGAAUUUGGACUGGUGUGCAACACCAGCGCGAAUUGCUUCAGACCAUCUACACCUGUCACUCUGAAUUGGUCCGCAACCUUGCGAGUAGUCCCAUGCGAUUCUCGCCGGUUUUCCAUCUUGAAGAUUUCCUCGACCGAUACCCCGGUUUGACAUUGGAUGGAUCCCAUGUCCGGCUGGUAGACACAGGAGAUGACCUGGCACCGGACACUAUAAACUACAUCGACCGUCAAGAUCACUACUACCAACGCCCGAUGGGAGCACCUUCCUACCAAACCCCAUCUUCCUACUACUCAAGUACAAGACCAGCACCAUCGACUCCACUGGCAACAAUACACAGCCCGGACACCGACCGUCGAAACUCCCAUUCUCAAUCGAUUUCCCAGAAACCCCCUCAUGCAGCCUCUCUCUCCCCAGGCCUUCAAUUCCACCCACCACCCAACCACCAAUCCCCCUCUCUUCCAUCACUCUUCUCGCUCCCAGGCGGAGACCUCUCAGAAAAUCACCUCUCCCUCCCAACCGGCUUCUCGCCUUCAACCUUCGGUCUCUCUCCACCCGCCUUCCUAUCCGAAUCCGCCCUAGCCAUAGCCCCAACACCCCCCUCGAAUCCCCAAUAUGCAACCUUCCCCUUCGACGCCGCUCACGCAACUCUAAAUGGAAUGACGCAAGGUCCCACCGCCCUUACGCCAGGUGCUCAGUCCCAGACUAGUGGUACCCACACGACAGCCGGUAGCGAGGGCGGGUCUCUUGAGAAAGAUCCUUUCCUUAGUUUACUCGAACAGCUUGCCGAGAAUGAAAACUCCCAGGGCGGGCCUAGUGAGCUUGAUUUCUUUUUGACGGGGACUGGUGCUGUUGAUGAUGAUGAGAUCGAGAAAGACGCCUCUUGA